UGGGUGAGGUUUGCUUGCUUGAAUCAUUCAUUCACUCUAUUUUCUGUCAGUUCAAUUCUAUCAUUCAUUUUCUCAGACGUCAAGCUGAAUCGACCUUCGGUGGUCGCGCGUACUAAAAAUAUUAGGAUAUCGUAGGUAUUGAAAUAAAAAAAAUGUAAAUCGAAUAAACAACAUUAUUUUGGACGUUUCUUCAAAGUAACCCAUGAUGUUUUUGAUCAUAUAACCAUUUAGAUUCCAGUUCGCCGCGGUGAAUCUUAAAAUGGGCGACGUUCUGAGUUUAUUUUCUGUGAUAAUAAUGAAAUUUAAAGCUAAGUUCAAUGAAAGUAAGAUUUAUUUUCAUUGGGAUAUUCCAUGGGAGAAAAUGAAGAAAGUAAAAUGGAUGAACGAACGAGCAUCGCCAGAUAGAGCCUACGUUCCUACACUGGUAGAAAACGUAGCGAACGUAUGCACGCACGCGAUAUGCGUGGCGCCAGCGUCACUAGGCGCGCGCGAGCUUCUCACGCGCUCGCUCAACGCGCCUCAAGCUAUCGCAGCCGUAGUAUAUGGACUGGCGCUGUGUCUUCUGUUCGCGGUGUCGACUACCUUCCACUCGGUGUGCUGCUGCAGAUCUGAUACCAAAGUGAAGCACUGGCUGCACCGCUGCGACCGCGCCAUGAUCUACAUCUUCAUCGCCAGCUCCUACUUCCCCUGGCUGACCGUCGGCACGCUGUCCUGCUGGAUGCUCCGAGAGCUGCGCUGGGCCAUCUGGCUGCUGGCCGUCCUCGGCAUCACGUACCAGCAGAUCUUCCACGAGCGCUAUAAGAUGCUGGAGCUGCUGCUGUACCUGGUCAUGGGGCUCGGGCCAGCUGCAAUCAUUGUCACGUCUAAUCACCACUUCCCAGCAAUGUCGGACCUAAAGCUCGGUGGCAUGUUGUACCUCAUCGGCGUGUUCUUCUUCAAGUCCGACGGCCGGAUCCCGUUCGCUCACGCCAUCUGGCACAUCUUCGUCGCCCUUGCAGCCACGGUACAUUACUUGGCGAUCCUACGCCAUCUCUUCCCAGAACUUAAACAAUGAAGACUGCCCUUUAUCUCGGCACGGCUCUCUUUAGGCCAUUUAUGCUGUGGAGCGCCAAUCGACGAGGUACACUCAACAUUAAAUAUAUAUUCCACGAAAUUGUA